AUGCGUACAAUAAAACAGCUAUCUGUAGAAAAUGAAAUUUUACGACAAUAUUCUGAAUUCAUCCAUCAAGUUGAUUUUCGUGGUGAGAUAAAAUUUGAUCAAGUCAAAUUUAUCUAUCCAAGUCGACCAACAUCUAUUAUUCUUAAUAAAUUUCAAUUGAAUAUCAAACCAAGUCAACGUGUCGCUCUUGUUGGAGCAUCUGGUUGUGGAAAAUCAACAAUUAUUCAACUGUUGGAACGAUUCUAUGAUGUUACAAGUGGUCAACUAUUUCUUGAUGGCAUUGAUAUUCGACAAUUAAACCUUCAAUGGGUUCGUUCUCAUUUCGGUCUUGUCAGUCAAGAACCAAUUUUGUUCGAUUUAACAAUUGCUGAAAAUAUUGCAUAUGCAUUAGAAAAUGUUUCAAUGGAAGACAUUAUCAAUGCAGCAAGGAAAGCUAAUAUUCAUCAAUUUAUUGAACAAUUACCUCAGGGUUAUGAAACAAAAGUAGGGUUGAAAGGCAGUUUUCUGUCAGGUGGCGAGAAGCAGCAUAUUGCUAUUGCUCGUGUUCUUCUUCGUCGACCUAAAGUAUUGCUCUUAGAUGAAGCUACGAGUGCCAUGGAUUCAUACAAUUAA